GGCCAGCAUUGCUAAACUUGCUCUCCUAGGGCUUGAAUUCUUCCCUCCUCUUUCAGUUCCUCUUAUCGUCAUGUCGGAAACGGCUCCUGUUGAGACAGCUGCCUCUGCGCCAGUGGAGAAGUCCCCUGCGAAGAAGAAGGCAGCAAAGAAGGCGACAGGGGGUGGCGCGGCGAAACGUAAGUCGACUGGUCCUCCGGUCUCUGAGCUGAUCACGAAGGCUGUGGCCGCUUCCAAGGAGCGCAAUGGGCUCUCCUUAGCCGCGCUCAAGAAGGCCUUAGCGGCUGGCGGCUACGACGUGGAGAAGAAUAACAGCCGCAUUAAGUUAGGUCUCAAGAGCCUGGUGAGCAAGGGUACCCUUGUGCAGACCAAGGGCACUGGCGCUUCUGGCUCCUUCAAGCUCAACAAGAAGGCGGCCUCUGGGGAAACGAAGCCGAAGGCCAAGAAGGCUGGCGCGGCCAAGGCUAAGAAGCCUGCGGGGGCCACACCUAAGAAACCCAAGAAGGCUGCGGGCGCAAAGAAGGCAGUGAAGAAAACACCGAAGAAGGCUAAGAAGCCCGCGGCGUCUGGCGUCAAGAAAGUAGCCAAAAGUCCUAAAAAGACCAAAGCUGCUGCCAAGCCGAAAAAGGCGGCCAAGAGCCCAGCCAAACCCAAGGCCGUGAAACCGAAAGCUGCCAAACCUAAGUCCGCUAAGCCCAAGGCAGCAAAGCCUAAAGCUGCAAAGGCUAAGAAGGCGGCUCCCAAAAAGAAGUAGGAAGUUGGCUUGAUGAAGUAAACAAAGCCCCAAAGGCUCUUUUCAGAGCCACCCAAAGAUUUCUUUAAAAAAGCUGCGCACUGUACCGUCCUUCAUCUGCGCUGUUAAAGGUUAUUUCUCAUUAAACUCAAUUCAUGGCAAAUUUAA